AUGUCAUCGCGGGAAGUCUUUCAACUCCGUCCCUUGGGUUGGGAACAGGAUCCUGAGGAGGAGAGAUUCAAGCUCUCUGUUCUUGAUCCUACGCCUCAAGCCGCGUACAAUCAUUACGCACUCUUCUUUCGCUUGGACGACGCGAAGAAGAAUGACGCUGUCGAAAUUCUCAAGGCUGGCCUGCAAAGGACCCUCAGCCAGGCGAGAUACAUGUGCGCUACUAUUGAGCGAGACCCCCAGGGUGGCUACUCCUUUGUGAAAAGGAAGGAGUCCACAGUACAGUUCGUGGUUCACCGUCUGGAUCCCAACGGUAAUCAUCCAUCUUUGGACUCUAUCGAGGCGUCCUACUUUUCUGGAAACAGUCUUGGAGAUGUCAAUCUGUGGAGCAUUCCUGAGUUGACAUGGGGAGAAAGGCCUGAAGCCGACCCAGACUGUAGCCCAGUAGUUGCAGCAUAUCAGAUCAACAUCAUGGAUGGCGGUCUGAUCUUCAGCAUGCACAACCACCAUUACUCCUGCGAUGUCAUGGGUUGGGCCAACUUCACACGCCAGCUUGCCGAGAACUGCUUCGCGGUCUCCAACUCAACAGACUUCCUGUCGUGGAAUCCCGCAUGCAUCGACGCAUCGCGCUUCACCAAGGAUCUACCGGCGGAGAAUCUCGUGGACGGACCCGCUAUUCCACAAAUGCACCCCGAUCAUAAGGAGCAACAAGCGGUGCUGUUCCAUUUGCCUAAGAGCAAGGCUGAAGCACUGAAGAAGCUUGCAAUGCCAACAGAUCCUGCGUCGCAUUGGAUCUCAACCUACGACGCCACGUGUGCAUACGUCUGGCGUAUGCUCACGAAGGUUCGCGCUCCGCUCCAUAAGCCGGACUCUUCCACACCCCUCUGGUGGGGAGAAGCUGUGAACAUGCGGCCCCGACUGAGCAACCCUCCUGUCCCAGAGCGCAUGAUGCGCAACGUGGUUGCGGGAGCUUUCUCGGACACUGCUCCGGUUCCGCCUCUGACCGUUGCCGAUGUCGCCUCAGACGCUCCUUUGUCGAAGCUUGCGGGCUAUAUCCGCGCGUUGACAGAGAGCUGCAACGAAGAGCACUUGAAACGUUUGAUUGGCUUCAUAGCACCAAUCAAAGACAAACGAACAAUCAGCCUGCGCGUUGAUGCUCACCCGCCGAUGAGCAUGUUCGUGACUGAUCAUCGCCCAGCGGAUGUCAGCGGCUUUGACUUUGGGUUUGCCAAGCCCAUCACGCAUCGUCACCUGUGGGGAGGUCACAAGACUGCAGGUGUAGUGCUCAUCUACCCGCCAGUUGGAGGAACUGCAAGUGCCGAUGAGGGAUUCAUGUUCGCGAUUACUAUGGAGAAAGAGUUGGUUGCCAAGUUGAUGGAAAGCCCGGAAUGGACGGAGUACUUUGAGUACCGCGGGAUUGAUUAA